AUGACUAGUCGUGACGGUUAUCAAUGGACAGCAGAGACUGGCCUGGUCCAGGGCGUGCCUUCGAUCAGUGUCAUCUCGCCACCAACGAAUAUCUCUCCCGAGUCCCGCCAGUAUGACGUCGUUGUCGUAGGAGCAGGGUAUUCGGGGCUCACAGCGGCCCGCGAUACGUGUCUCGCAGGCCUCAAGGUGCUGCUUCUCGAAGCGCGUGACCGUAUUGGUGGCCGGUCAUGGUCGUCUGAUAUCGGAGGAUAUCCAUUCGAAAUGGGCGGCACCUGGGUCCACUGGGGACAGCCUCAUGUUUGGCGCGAGAUUUCAAGAUACCAGAUGCGGAAUGAAUUGGAGAGUUCAUUCGACUUUUCUCGCGGGGUCAACCAUUUUGAACUGCGGACCAACCAAGGACCAGCGAUUAUGAGCCACAAGGAAGAGGAUGAACUGCUGGCCGCAGCACUACACAAGUUCGUGGACGUCGAUGGAGAUCUUGGCCGCCGGGCCGUUCCUUUCCCUCAUGAUUCAUUCCAUGUCCCUGAGGCUCGGCAAUACGACCAAAUGUCGGCAAAGGAUCGUAUGACUCAGAUUGCCGAUACCGUGUCACCUCGUGAGCGAGCCGCUCUAGAGAGCUUUGUGCUUCUCUGUAGCGGCGGCACUUUGGCGACAACGAGUUUCUUCGAGUUCCUGCACUGGUGGGCUCUGUGCGGCUACUCAUACCAAGGGUGUCUGGACGCCUUGAUUUCUUAUAAGUUCAAGCGGGGUCAGUCCAGCUUUGCCCUUCGAUUCUUUAGAGAGGCGCUCUCGACAGGAAACCUGUCAUACGCCUUCAACAGCCCCAUACAGUCGAUUGACGACCAGGGCGCCAAAGUGGUGGUCACGACUCGUGAAGGCCAUCGCUAUGCUGGGGCCCGUCUUAUCUCGACUAUACCGCUCAACGUGCUAAACACAGUCACCAUCUCUCCGCCACUUGGUACGCAGCGCACAGCCGCAGCAAAUACCGGCCAUGUCAACCAAUGCGUUAAAGUCCACGCAGAAAUUGCGAGCCGCGACAUGAGGUCAUGGACGGGUAUCUCGUACCCCUUCAACAAGCUCUGCUACGCUAUCGGUGACGGAACAACACCAGCAGGGAACACGCACAUUGUUUGCUUUGGUGGUUCUCACAACCACAUUCAGCCGGAAGAGGAUAUCAAACAAACCAAGACAGCCGUGGAGAGCCUCUCGCCCGGCAAUAUGGAUAUAAAGAGAUUGGUUUUCCACAACUGGUCCAAGGACGAAUUUGCGAAGGGGGCAUGGUUCUUUUCCCCUCCAGAGAUGCUCUCGACAUCGUUAGAGGCGCUUCGAUCUCGCCAUGGAAAUGUGGUGCUUGCUAACUCGGACUGGGCACUUGGAUGGCGGAGCUUCAUUGACGGUGCUAUUGAAGAGGGCACAAGAGCAGCGAUGACGGUUGUGGAGGAGCUGCGGCCACAGCCUGCGGUACGCGAGCGUCUGUAG